AUGAGAUUACAUUAAUAAAAGGAGGAGUUAUAAAAACAGCAUAAAAAUAUUUAUGAAAUGUAAAAUCAGAUAAAGGAUCUUGAAUACUCUGUAUUCAAGAAGAAUUAAAAGUUAAAUGUAUUUGAGGAAAUCGACCAAAAGAUAGCUGAGAAUGAAAGAGUUAGAGCUGAAAAUGAUGCUAGGCUUUGGUAUGCUAUUGAGGAUAUUAACAAGCAAAGAGAAGAUUGGCUAUUUGAAAUAGAUAAUAUGAAAAGAGCUGUAGGCUCACUAGAGUAAAAUAAGGACAUGAUAUAUCAAGAAAUAAGAAGAAUUUAAGUCUAAAAUGAUGAAACGAAAGAGGAUUUUAUCAAUAAACUAAAAGAAAACUAUGCAAAUCUAUUGCUCUCGAUAGAAGAUCUUAGGAACAAUUUAUCUAAUCAAGAACUAAAUUUAAGUUUGACGACUUCAAAGUCAAUGUCAAACUCUAACUAUGUCAGAGAGCUCUAGAGUCGAUCAGAUGUAUUUGCUGAAAAUAUCUAAAAAUGCUAGAAAGAACUUACUCUUCUUUAUGAACUUAAGCAAGAUAAAUCAAUAAUGGAGGAAAUCAAGGAUAAAAUGUGGGAGGAGAUUCAUAAGAUGCAGAGAGAAUUGGAUGAGAAGACUAACUAGUUCAAUACAGUAGAGAACUUCGUGGAGAAGUAUAUUCCAAUCAGGAUUCAAUCAUAGAUCAGUGAAACUCUAGCUUGUAUUUUAAACCGAUCACAAAUGAAUAAAUUAGAGAAUUUUGAAAUGGAAAAGUUUCAGCAACUUAAUCUAGUGAUUUUGGAAGAUGAUGGAAGUGCAAAUUUGUAAGAGAUAAUGAAGGAGAUCCUAAAAGAGAUAGUUAAAGAGUAAGAAAAGGAAAAAAAUAAGAUGGUAAAACUUGGUGGAAAGAAUAAAGCUGUCAAUCAUUAGAAGUAAAUAAGUUAAGGUGCCUAAUCUAUGGGAAGUGCUGAAGGAAGAAGUGACAGACAAUCCCCAUUAAAAUAGUAAAUAAGCGAAGCUUUAGGACCCGAGUCAAAUUAUAAUAGCAAACCAGAAUCUAGAGAUAGAUCAAACAAUAGAACUAAGGCUAUCAAAGUAAUUUAGGAACAAGAACCAAGUGAAAAUGAGGAAGAUUAAAAUGAAAAUUACUUUGCUCAGUAGCUUAAAGAUGAAUAAAAUUCUAAAUUAGUGGAUGAAGCUGAGGAGUAGCGUCUACUUGAUCUGGAAGAAAAGAGGCUUCAAGAGCAAUACAAAAAGGACAUGUUUAAUUUGCUGGUCUAGAUGGAUCAAUCAGAUGAUAUAUCUCUGAAAUAGCUGAUUGAGCUUCCAUAUAAGGUAGUUGACAUGGAUGAAGACACUCUAUUAAAUCAAUAAAAUAUCAUCAAGCUCUUUAAGAUAUUACUUUACAGAUAGAACUUAAACUACAAAAGAUAAGAAUACUUCAAGGAAGAGGUAAUAAGUGAGGCAGAUGCUAAGUUGUAAAAGUAUCAGAAUAUAGUACAAAACUCAAUAAAUGAAAUCAAUUAGUUUAUACAAUCCAUCCAUUCUGAAUUCUCUGACUACACUAAUAAAUAAAAGAAAGAUAGAUAAGAUCAACGAAAUGAAGUAAGGGCAUUGUAUGACAAUGUGAAAGAAGCCAAUUAGUAACUCAAUAUCGUAAAGUCUACAUUAGAUAAAAACUGCAUGAUUCUAUCUUGUGCAUCUGAAUUUAUUAAUCUAGAAAAUCUGAUAGACUCCUAAUAUGAAAAAGAAAAAGGCUAGUACGUAGAAUACUUUAGACAGCUCUAAGAUAACAUAAACUCAAUGAAAGCAGACAUAAUUGAUUUAUAGCAUAGCAUGUUCAAAGUUAUCAAGAAGUAAACCUUAUUACAUCAAUAAGUUCCUACUUAAGGAGCUAUAAUUAAUAAUGAAAAGAGUAAAUCUUUAAUUGAUAGCUCUCAAAAGGAAAUGGAAAAAUUGAGCUACUCGUCAAACAAUAUUAGCAAACAGUUGGCUCAAUAGAAUAUUAAUAUUAGUAAUGUGGAUCUUUUCACUACUUUGAAUUACAGAGGUUAUGUUAUUAGUAGGACCUAGAUAUUAGAAAUGAGAUAAGUACUGCUAGAUAAGAUAACAGAGAGUAUGAGAAAGACUACAAUGUUUAAGAGCAUUAUGCCUUAGAAAAUAUUCACAGACAUGUAUCAGUUUUAUACUGAAUCUCAGAGUGGGUUUAAUCUAAGCACAGAUAUAAAUAAUACUAGCCAAGCUAAAUAGUUCUAGCUUUAUACAUAAUCUGAUGUAGAUCUUAUCUCCAAAGAUUAAUUAAGCAAACAAGAGAUACUUAAUAGAAGUUAAGAUAAUAUUGAUUAAGCACAAGAUAUAUCAGUUUAUGAUAAGGAUAAAGCGCAUAACUAUAAUUCAUUAAUCUCCAAAAGUACCUUAGAUAAAUCAGGAGCAACUUUUAAGGCUUCCUAAUCCUUCCUUAUGGGUAGUGCUAGAGAUCAUAGCUCUUAAAGCAUUAAGAAAAGUUUUAUAAAUAAGAAGGCAAAACUUGAUUAGGAUCUAAACAUCACCCUUGAUCCUACUUAAUAGAAUAGAUAUAGAAGCAAAACCAAGAUCAAUCCUAAAAAUCAACUUUACAAGCUAGACACUUCCUAACUACCUGCUUAAGAGCAUAGUGAGAAGUCUAGAAACUCAAAUACUUAAGUAAUGAAUAGCCAAAUUAUUUAAAGAAAUGAAUCUUAUAACACAAGUGUAUAAAAGAAUGUUCAGUUUCAGAUUAACGUACAGCCACCACAGUAGCUAAUGAGUCAAUAAUUUAUGAUUGGAGGUUCUAACUUCAACUAGUCAAUGUAUAACAACAAUGGUAAUCAGCCUAUUCAAAGUAAGACUCAGAUUAAAAUAGUUAAUAACAAGCACUAUAAUUCAUUGCUACCAUAAAUAUCUAAGGCAAACAGCAAUAUAUGA